CCAAGAGAGAGAGAGAGAUAGGGGCUAAUUUUUUUUAAAAGAUCGUUUUCUUCAUCAACAAUCUCCAAAAAAUUAUUCACACAUACAAUGGCUUCCGCAAACAAACGCUCCAUGCACCAAGUCCAAACCAAGAAGCCCCUCUUCUCUUUCGGAGUGAUAUCGGACGUCCAACACGCAGAAAUCCCCGACGGGCUCUCCUUCCGCGGCAUCCCCCGCUACUAUCAACACAGCAUCAACGUCCUCCAGCGCGCAAUAGCCAGCUGGAACGGUCAUCGGGAACUCAAGUUCUCGCUGAACUUUGGCGACAUUGUUGAUGGUCUAUGCCCGAAAUCGAAAUCUCUCCAGACCGUAGAAAAGAUAGUCGAGGAAUUCCAAAAGUUCGACGGUCCAGUCUAUCACAUGAUCGGCAACCACUGCCUCUACAACCUCCCGCGCGAAAAACUGACAUCGGUUCUCAAGAUUCCAUCUCCAGGUGAUGGCACUGCAUAUUAUGAGUUCUCUCCUUCACCGGGGUUCAGAAUCGUCGUUCUUGAUCCUUACGAUAUCAGCGCAAUCGGCUGGCCUCAAGAUCAUCCAAACACAACAAUAGCCAACAUGAUCCUCCAGUUAAAGAAUCCCAAUUCCAACAAGAACAGCCCAGCUGGACUCUUGGGCCUGGAGAGGAGAUUCGUUAUGUUCAAUGGAGCCUUCGGCAGGAAACAGCUUCAAUGGCUUAACCGCAUCUUGCUGGACUCAACGGAGAAGAACCAGAAGGUGAUUAUAUGCUGUCAUCAACCUCUGGAUCCUAGCGCAGCAACUCCGGAGGCUUUGCCUUGGAAUUAUGAAGAGGUCAUGGAAAUAAUACACCGCUAUGGUUGUGUUAAGGCUUGUUUUGGUGGUCACGAGCAUAUGGGAGGGUACAGUGUUGAUUCUUUCGGUGUUCAUCAUUGCGUUCUCGAGGCUGCGCUCGAGUGCCCCCCUGGAUCGAAUGCGUUCGGGUAUGUCGAUGUUUAUCAAGAUAAGUUGGUUUUGAUUGGUACUGAUAGAAUGAAGACUGUUGAGAUGGUUUUUAGUUUGUAGAAUCUUUUGUUUACUAUAAAAUUUGGUGAUAGUUUGUCUUUUGAACUUGAGGAGUGUAGGAAUUUGUAAUGUGUAGAAUGUUAUCAUAAUCAAUAUUCAUUAAU